UGUGUAACAUUUUAUACAUAUGAGUUUUUGCCGACGUCAAUCACCGCCUAAACAAUUGAAGUUCUUAGUUUUCAUCUACUUUCUCUUUUAAAAUCCAAUAAAAAUAGAAGUUAAUCAAAUUGGAAAAAUGUUUGAAACACUUUAUUCACUACCUUUCUUUAUAUUGGAAGUACCAAACUUAAAAAUUAAACGACCGUCAUGGUUUCAUCAACCUUCUGCUAUGACAAUUUUCUCGCUAGUGUUGCUGUCGUACUUUUUGGUUACUGGAGGCAUUAUUUAUGACGUUAUUGUUGAACCACCCAGUGUUGGAAGCACCACAGAUGAACAUGGACAUUCUCGACCAGUUGCGUUUAUGCCAUACAGAAUUAAUGGGCAAUACAUUAUGGAAGGUUUGGCCAGUAGUUUUCUGUUCACAAUAGGUGGCCUCGGAUUCAUAAUAAUGGAUCAGACACAUGCAUCUGGUUUUGGUGGAAAACCAAAACUAAAUCGCAUACUAUUGACUGCCAUGGGUUUCAUUUUUAUUUUGGUCUCAUUCUUCACAACAUGGAUUUUCAUGCGAAUGAAGCUGCCGGGAUAUUUGCAACCAUAAAGAAAGCGAAAAAUAAUCCCGUAAAAUGUCCUAUUGCACAACUCAAAAAAUGUAUUUCGACAGAAUUGAACAAAUAAAUAUAUUAGAAAUUCCAAAUAAAUAAUUAAAUAAGAAAA